AUGGCCUGCGGGGUGGUAGCAUUUGGUGUCGGCUCAUACGCCACAAGCCGGCUAUCCCAGGACAUUUCACCUGUGCUCGAGCGAAAGCCAAGCGGAAACCGCCCGUCAUUCAAAUCGCAGUACGCAGACAGAGACACGAUGCUCAAGGCUGUAGCAGAAAUAAGGGAUAUUCUGGGCGACGAUGCUGUCAGCGUAGACCAGGAUGAUCUGGAGGAACAUGGCUAUUCCGAGUGGUCUACUUCGAACUCUGACGAGGUCUCUGCCGUCGUCAAGGUGUGCGCGCGCCACAAAGUGCCAAUGAUCCCCUACGGUGCUGGUUCUAGCGUCGAGGGCAACUUCAGUUCGCCCUAUUCGGGGAUCUGUAUUGACUUGUCUGGCAUGCAAAAGAUCAUUGCCUUCCACCAGGACGACAUGGAUGUCGUUGUCCAGGCUGGUGUCAAUUGGACCAAUCUCAACGAAGAGAUCAAGGAAAGCGGCCUCUUCCUGCCCCUGGACCCUAGCCCAACAGCGCUGAUCGGGGGUAUGGUGGCUACCAACUGCUCUGGUACCAACGCCCUUCGCUACGGCACAAUGAAGGACUAUGUUGUGAAUUUGACGGUGGUCUUGGCCGACGGCUCUAUCAUUAAAACUCGCCAUCGCCCCCGAAAAACGUCCGCUGGUUAUAAUCUGAACUCGCUGUUCACGGGAAGUGAGGGCACACUCGGGAUUGUAACCGAAGCAACGCUCAAGCUGGCUAUCAUACCCGACAGCUUUAGCGUGGCCACGGCGACGUUUCCAACAAUCAGAGCCGCAGCAGACGCGGCUACCAAGAUGAUACGCUCAGGCGUGCCAUUGGCGGCACUUGAGCUCAUGGAUGAUGCUCAGAUGGGCGUCGUCAACAAGAACGGUGGCGCUGGGGGCCGCAUGUGGGGAGAGAAGACCACCCUCUUCUUGAAAUUCUCCGGUACCAAGGACUCAGUGGAAGACAACGUUCGCCUCGCCCGUCACGUAGCCAAGGCACUCCGUUGCAACACGUUCGAAGCGGCGACGGAUCAAAAGGAGAUGGACUCGCUGUGGGCCGCGAGGAAGCAGGCCCUCUGGGCUUCUCUCGCCAUUCGGCCAGAGGGCACGCAGAUCUGGUCUACGGACGUGGCAGUGCCAAUAUCUCGCAUGGCUGAGCUGAUCCUAGAAGCCUCCAAAGAGCGCGCCGAGAAGCUCGGCCUGUUCACAAGCGUUCUGGGCCACGUUGGAGAUGGCAACUUUCACCAAAUGGUCAUGUACGACCCAAGGAGCCCUGAACAGGUCCAGGCGACAAAGGAAUAUGUUGAGAUCAUGAUGGAGAAGGCGAUUGAAAUGGAAGGGACUGUCUCGGGCGAGCAUGGCAUCGGCCUGGGUAAAAAGCACUGCCUACUCAAAGAGCUCGGGCCAGAGACCAUCGGUCUCAUGAAAGCUAUGAAGAACACCCUGGACCCAAUGUGA